UUCCAUGUACGUAUGGAGUAGACCGAGUUCAAUGGUUCAACUAAAUCGAAUAAAGAUCUAAAUGAAAUAAUUUCCUUUUUUAUUUAUUACUUUUUAUAAAUUAUCGAUAUGGAGAAUAUGAACGACGAGAAUUGUUUUAUCAAUUAUCGAUGAACGACAACGAUUGCGUAUCUGUAAAAUUAUGAAUAUCGAUAUGCGCCGUGUCGAUAGUAAGGGACACCGAAAAUUAGAGUAGUCGGUUUUUAGCGCGAAGAGUCCAUUCGUUCAUAGUCCUAUUACGAAAAAGUCAAGCACAACAAAUAAGAUACUUAAUUAUUGGCAUUAUAAUAAUAAAAUAUCUCGAGGGUGCAUUUAAUAGAUUGCCUCUGUGUGAUUUAAAUACGAAUGCUUCUUUUAAUGAAAUCUUUGAAUUAAAUAUAAGAACAUAACCUAAGUUUCAACGAUGGUGAGCCAAGAAAGUCAAAUUGAUUGUAACAUAAAUAUAUAUUUUGUUAUUCCAAACAAAUAUAAAUCUGAAAGUGAAUGUUCUAUAAAUAUGUGGAAUGCUUUUGAUAAAUGCUGCGAUUUUGAUAUUAAGCCUGUAUGGAUCACAGAAGAGGAUUGUGGCAAAUUGAAGCCCGAUAAGACGGAUAUAUUUGUAUUGGAAGAAUUUAAAGGCAGUUUUUUCCAACAGUUACAAAAUUUCAAGUGUUCCAGGAUAGUUGGACCAAAAUGUUUAUUAACGUGUUUUUUAAAUGGAGAACCCAUUCCAGAAGGUGCAAGUCCAAUUUAUACGACAGCCAUGAGAGGACUUUGCAUAUCAGUGUCCGGUUUGACACCAGAAAUGAAAAAUCACGUACAACAACUGGUAGAAUACAUGGGGGCUUUUUUUACGAAGCAAUUACGUAAUUGUGUGACACACUUGGUAACCAAUUCUGUCAUGUCUGCAAAAUAUGAAAGAGCUGUAGAAUUGAAAAUACCGAUUGUUACUAAGGAUUGGGUUGCUGCCAUAUGGGAGGAAAAUUUAAAUAAUUUUAUUAAGGCGGAUGAUCCAGUAUUCGAUAAAUAUAAGUGUCCUGUUUUUAUGAAUUUAAUUGUUACAUCAACAAACUUAUCCAAACGGCAAAAGGAAGAAAUCAAGAAUUUGAUAAAUAAUAAUGGAGGGACAUUCAUGGGUCCAUUGGAUGGUUUAAAAGUUAAAAUUGUCGUUGCACCAGAAAAUAGUUCAUUAACCGACAAGUUAAAAUUUGCAAUGCAGAAUAACAUAGCAUGUUUAAAGCCAGAAUGGGUGUAUGAAAGCUUGAAACUUGGAUACGCAUUGCCAUUCAAUAAUUAUCUUAUAAAGUCUACAAAAGCAUGUUCAACGCCAGAAAAGUCAAAAGCGCAUGAGAUGGAGAGUUUAAACUUUUCGGCAAUAAGUACUAUUACCAGUGAAUUACCACAAAAUAAUUAUGUGGACGAAAGUGUGGCGUCAACAAUUACAAAUGCUUCUUGUGUGGACAUUGCAGCGACUAAAACAGGAGCACAGCUUGCAAUUUUAGAUCGAUUAAAUCUUAAAGAAGCAAAAAUGGCUGGACCAUUUUUAGAUGGUUGCAAUAUUUAUCUUGCUGGAUUUACAACGAAUCAAAGGGAUAAACUCAAUAGAAUAUUAAAUGUAGGUAGUGCAACACGUUUGAAUGAUAUAUCGGACGCUUUGACGCAUAUUAUUAUCGGAGAUGAAAGUAAAGCAUCUAACGAAUUGAAAUUAAUCAAGUCAGCAGGAUUGUGCCCAUAUAUGUUAAACGUUAAUUGGAUAGAGGAAAGUAUGAAAUUGAAAAGACCUGCACCGGAGGAACAAUUUUUGUACGAGUCGAAAGGUUUUGAUACAACAACGAAAACGAGUAACGAGCCUCCUCCUUCUCCUCUAAGUAAAAAGAAUUUACAAAUGCUGCAACCACCGAAACGACCACCGGUUCCGCGUUUCGAUAUUGAUAAAGCAUCCAAGGGAAAAAAUGAAGAGAACAUUUUAAAUCAGUAUCUCCAAAAUAUUGUUGUCGAGGAUAAAUCAGUUGAAGAAUUUCUAAAACCUUAUACUUCUGACGUGAAUGAGAAGGGACAAGAAAUAUCCAAGGAGAAUACUACUAAAUUAAGUAAUAAUCGACGAGCACCAAUGUCGGAAAUACUUGAAAACAGAGAGUCGGGAAACAAUAGCUCAGUACCAUUUAGCCAAGAAGAUCCAGAAUGUACUGUAAAAAUAUUUACCGGUUUCACAUUCGUUAUAACAGGCUUCGAUGACGACGACAUACACGAUAGUAUUACUGCCUUAGGCGGUGAAGUUGUUUCAAAUGUUUAUGCGGGGAUCCCAGAUUUUGCCAUUGUGCCUACAUGCGGAGCGUCAUUGAGACACGCAGUUAAUGAAAUUGUCACUGAUUUAUUUGUCGAAGAUUGUAGAAAUCAGGAACAAAUAGUCGACAUAGAAUAUUACCAUAAACCAUUUUCUAUAAGUAAAGAUAUAAAUCCUUUAACGGGUUGUAUCGUUACUUUAAGCAUGUAUACAGGAGCAGAAAGAAUAUAUCUUUCUAGAUUGGCAGAAGAACUUGGAGCUAUAUGCCAAGACAUACUUGCACGUAAGACAAACAAUGAAAAAAAUACCUACGCUAGUACUCAUUUAGUUUGUCCUACGCCCGAAGGAAAUAAAUACAAAGCAGCUGUUAAAUGGAAUUUGCCAGCUGUUACAGCUGAAUGGUUGAAGGAUUGCGGGACAAGAGUAAAACGCUUAGACGAAACGCCUUAUCUCGUUGGCGAAACAACGGCCCCAGAAAGAUCUCCGGAAGCAGCGAAUGUGACUGGUACGAAAGAAAAUUCUUUAACAAAGGAGGAAAAUCGAGAAAAACCUGCAGCGUCUAUUCCCAGACAGAUUAUUACUCCGAAACGACAAUUAUCCCAAGCCAAGAAUCAAGAAACGAAUUUCGAUGGAACGCCAAUGAUAAAUAAACGACUUGGUUUGGUUAUGAACAGUACACCGCCUUUUCCCUUUCACGUAUCCACGCCAGAAACACCGUACGGCCAAGUUAUUAAGCCAAAUCCUUCUCCAGAUACGAGAAAGGCAUGGAUCAAAUGGGUGAACGAUUUUCCAGAUUUGCGCGUAGAAGAACCCCCUUUAAAAAGAAGAGCUCCUAGCACACCAUUGUCUGACUUGAAAAAACAAUUAUGGGAACAAUUGAAAAUGCAAGGACAAAGAACAAAGGAGGAAGAAAAUAUGUCGACGUUAUCAACGUUUGAGAAGAUCAAUAACGAUUUACCGGAAGAAGAUAAAUCUGUGGAACAGAACAAAGAUACAACUCCUAAAAAUGCCUCGAUCAAUAGAAAAUUAAAUUUCUCUCAACAGAGUAUUAGUCCGAAUGUACAAAUAAAUCUGCAAAUAGCUCAGUUGGAACAAGCACUUAAACGGACCUCAAGUGCCGAAGGCAGAUCGUUACCCGACGAAAACGGGAAACCAUAUGAAAAUACAGAACCAAUGGAUAAUAUGCGUAAAUAUAUUGCUAAAGAUUCACAGCCGGACACUGUGGGAUGGGAAGAUCCUGACCAUCGUACGCUGAUCAGACCUUCCACGAUAUAUGAUGAAUCGAACGAGAAUGAAGACACUCGAAAUAAUGAUUAUACGAAUCGAGACAUUACAUUGGAAGAUAGAGACGAUCGGAGCCAGCCUUUGAUCAAACGAAAAUUCAUGCUUUCUGGAAUACGGGACAGAGCAACGUACGAAGAAGUAAUACGAAAUCUUGGUGGAGAUGUAGUUAACGAUGGCAGUUUUGAUCCGAGCGCAACGCAUUUAAUGUGUUUAAGACCAUCGAGAAAUGAAAAAAUGCUCGGCAGUAUAGCCGCAGGAAAAUGGGUCUUACAUUGCAUGUAUUUACGAGAUUCCGAAGCUAAUGGGAAUUUCCUUGACGAAGAAAAAUAUGAAUGGGGCAAUCCAAAAAGUAAAGGAAUUAUACCGGAUCCUACAGGAGAGAUCGAAAAUGCGAUAGCAGCUGCAGCUCAUAGAUGGAGAAUAAAAUUAUUGAAAGAACCGUAUGGUCCCUUCUAUGACAUGGUAGCCUUGUUAUUAGCUUCGGAAGAAAAGUAUGAUCAAUUUAAAAGGCUCAUCGAGGCAGGAGGUGGUACGGUAGUACAAGCACGACCACCGUACGACGUAAAUCCGUCAGGAAAAAAAAUAACGCACUGUUUCGUGAAUGUAAAGCAAGUCCAACAACCCAUCGAUUGGGCCAGAUUAGCGAGUAAAGGGAUUCUGUGCUUUUUGCCGCAAUACUUGAGCGAUCUUCUUACCGCGGAACCAGCAUUGAAUCCUAGAGAUUGCGUGCUACCUGAAUUCAAGAAAUAUCUUUCUCUUUUACCGAAGUAACAAAAUCAAUGCGCAUAAGUGAAUACGAAUGCAAGGAGGUAACGAUUAAUAAUGCUUGAUCGCAAGCUUCUUUUAUACAAUAUAUAUGUAUAUUUAUUUAUGAAGUUAAAAAAUUGUAUAUAUAUAUAUAUAGUAUAAUAAUCAAUUUUCUUUUACAUUA